AUCAACAUAGAAAAUAUGCAGUUUAUACAUGGCAACUAUAUCUGUGAUGUGAAACCCUCCCCUGACAUUGUUGUCCAGCCAGAACACAUUAGGUUCCAUGUUUGUAGGGAAAGUUUGCCUAUGUUUCCAGUUUGGGUGGUUGUGAGUGUAGUUUCUGCUGUGGUCCUAGGUGUCACUCUGCUCAGCAGCAUGAUUCUUGCUGUCCUAUAUAGAAGGAAGAACUCUAAACAGGAUUACACUGGCUGAUGCAGCACAAGCAAGAGUUUGUCACUGGUUAAGCAGGCUCCACAGAAGUCUUCCUCCGACACAGAAGGUCUAGUAAAGAGUCUGCCUGCUGCAUCUCAUCAGUGCCCAGUCACAUGUGUGCAGUUAGACCACUCUGGCGGACAUCACAGUAACAGAAUUAACAAGUUAGAGUCUGUGGUGUAUGCUGACAUCCGGAAAAAUUAAGAGAAGACCCAGCACGUAUCCUAAGCAAGAAACAAAUCCAAAAAGGACUCUUGUGAAGAAAGUGUAGCCUAUAAGCAGGUGUGGCCUUAGAAUCCCCAACAAAGACAGACACAUGUGCAAGCACAUGUGGCCUUGGGUAUAUUUGUCAG